AUGACAUCCCCAACAGCCCUCCAAUCCUUCAUCCGCGCCCAAGAAUCCCUAUACGGGCCAAUAACCAACAUCUCCAACCCCAGGAACUGGACCCCUCCAGCGCAAUCUGGCGGCCACCGGGGCCGCUACCUCUGGACGGAUGCCUUUGGAGUCUUGAACUUCCUGACUCUGCACCGGGAACACCAACGCACCUCCAGCCAAGCAUCCCGCAGCCGCAGCCGCAGCAGCAGCAGCAGUAGCCACCAACACCACGACUACUACCUCUUACUCGCCCAGUCCCUCAUAGAAUCCACCCACCGCACGCUGGGCACCACCCGCGACGCCCCCUACACCCCCUUACCCAACGCUACGCCCCCGACGCACCCGGUAGCAGGCGGGCUCCGCAUCGGCAAACAGUCCGCGACGGGCCCCGACAGCGACGGCCAAUACCACCACUACCUCACGCUGUGGAUGUUUGCGCUGAACCGGACCGCCCUCGCCAGCGGGGAGAAACACUACAAUGAUCUGGCGGUGGAGUUGGCGGCUGCCAUCCAUCCGCAUUUUGUGAUCCACGACCCGCGCAGUCCGGGGGGGUUGCGGAUGGUGUGGAAGAUGGAUACCACUCUGUCAAAAGUGUUGGUGGGUUCGGAGGGGAAUUUGGAUCCGUUGGAUGGGUUGGUGGUGUUCACUUUACUGCAGGAGACGGAUGGGUGGUUUAGACUGCAUGGGGGGGAGACUGGGGAUGGAAGAAAGACACCAGAAGGGAAGAAGGUUCUUCAGGAGGAGAUUGAAGAUUACCGGCGCAUCAUCCGCCGGAAAACCGCACAAGCGGGUCGAACGGGGUUCGUGUCGCGGGAUCCAUUGGACCUGGGGAUGGCGAUGUGGACGGCGCAUUGGGUGCUGGAUCGACACCACCAGGAAGACUGGGCAGUCAGGAUGAUGGGGGAUUGUGUGGAACGCGUUGACGAGCUCUUCCACCAGAAACACUACUUCGAUCGCGAGACUCGCUCGCGGCUGGCGUUCCGGGAGUUCGGGACUUGUUUGGGGCUCCGGUGUGUGGCGGAGCACGCGACAGAUAAAGAGCUGGCGGUGGAGUUCAGGAGCUACGCGGACCAGAUCGUAAAGGGCUGGGAGCCGUAUAUCUGGCGGUCGGAGGGGGAAGAUGCCACGCCCGAGGAGUUGCAGCCCAUAACGCGCGUGAUGUAUGCGGCGGCGUUGAUUCCGGGAGCAUUCUGUCGCGGCUACUUGGGACCUGAACCGGUCGCUUGACUGUCGUCACUCGAAACCAAAUUGGAAGCAGACAGACAAACUGUAUUUUACAAUGGAUCUACAUGCAAACCCGAUAUGGGAGCA